UUUACCCCCAAUAUAAAAGCUCUAUUUUGCAACAACAGUUUCCCAGUAGCUGUCGAGAUCGGGAUGCCGCCCAUGCCCGUUCGCCCCCGGCCUCUCGAUCUCCUCCUUCGCAGCCCUGACGUGCUGCGGAGCAGGGAGCCGAGGCUCCGGCAUCCCCUCCCGAGCGGAGAAAGGUGCGUGCGCUUUGUUACGGGCUGCAGCACACACUGCUGGAAGAAUACAGUCGUUCGGAUACAUCUGCGAGACUGCUCGUUUGGGUCUGCCCACGCAGCAAACUCACACGGCAAACUCUGCACGCCUCGCUGGUUAGAGAUGGUGUGCGAGCAGCCUUCCUGCGGGUGUCAGAGAGCGCCGGGACGCCGGGAGGCAGAGCCGCAGCGCAGCCGCCUCCCCCAGCAGCCUCCGCGCAUGGCCGCGGCUCAUCUGCAUAGCGCCUACCCAGCAGGCAGCGGGGCCCGGGGACGCGUCCGGGAGAGCGCCCACACGAAAUUUAACACGUACGGGACUUUAGGGAAGAUACGGCCUGUUGCUUCCGAAAGAGAAACUCACAACCAUUUGGUUUUGCCAAUCAGAACAUUAACAACACCGUCGUAAUAUAAGUGGUAUGCCUUUCUGAGAGCUAUAAAUACUCAUCUUGCUACUGUUUCCCUUGGCUGGUCCGAUGGCAGUGGUAUUUAUAAUUGAUCACAGUCAGUUACAGAUUUCUUUGUUCUUUCUCCACACCCACUGCUGCACUUGACUAGUCUUUUCUUGCCGAAUGUCCAUAUUUCUUUGAAAUUCCCUUUAAUUUGCAAGCUGACAGUCACUUUUGACAGUUUCAGUCUUUUUUUUUUUUUACUCUCUGAUUUUCUGGAAUAAAUGAGGAUCAAGUCAAGCAGGUGUAUUUUAAUCUUAAUUUCUCAUGGAACAGCCAGUACCUGCUACUUGCUGGAUUUUUGCCAUUGCUCACACCACAAGCACUGUGCUUCAAAGGCAGCUGUGUAACAGAAGUUGAAAGUGUUACUGUUGGGGGCAGAGGAGGAAAGAGGAGUCACCUAGCUGAGAUUCUGCUUUAAUUAUGUGGUUUUCAUUUCUAAUACACAGCAUGCUUUUCACCAAUUAAUGAAAUAGUCAAAGGGAUAAAUAGCAGAAAUACAUGUUGACUGCCUAAGCCUAUCAGCUAUAAAAGACAAGGAUUUCUGCUCUGGGUGCUUCAGACCAACAUGCCAUUUGACUACCAGAGAAUACAGCAACUGAACAAGGUGGAGGUCCUUGUUUUGUGCAGAAAGGUGCUUAAUUUUUGGUUGUUGUGAGCCUGAAAUAUUUCCUUAAUGAUCACUCCCACAGGCGGUGGCUCAAGGCUCAUUUCCUUGAGCCAUCUUCUACACCGGGGGAAAUGUGCAAGGGAUUUUUUAAAAUCAGCUGCAAGAUAUUAAUUGCUAAGAGGAAUAUAUCCUCAGCCACCACGGAUUCAUUUUCCUGUAGGUUCUUUAUCAGAAUUUAUCAUUUAUUUGAAAUC